CGGAGAAUCAGAGAUGAACAUAGCAGCUCUCUGGAGAGCGCCCUCAUCAGGUUGGAGGAGGAACAGCAGAGGUCAGUGGGUCUAGCUGACACUAACGCCCUCCUCCGGGAGCAGCUCAGCCAAUCAGAGCAGGCCAACCAGGCGCUGAGGGCGGACCUCCAGAAGCUGACAGCUGAUUGGAGCAGAGCGGUGGAGGAGGCGGAGCAGAGAGAGGAUGACUGGCAGAGAGAGAGAGAGGGUCGUCUGGGUCAGGUGGGUCAGCAGCAGGCUCGGCUGCUGUCACUGUGGAGGUCUGUGGUCGCUCUGAGACGCCACUGUCACACCGUCAAGACCGCCGCCGACAGGGACCUGUGGGAGCUGAGGGCGGAGUUUUCUCGUCUCUCCUCCUCUCUCCUCUCUGGCUGUGACUCCGUCUCCUCCUCCCUGAGGCUCAGUGCUCCUCCCAUCACCUCCUCCUCCUCUCUGCCUCCCGCUCCUCCCCUCUCUGACCUUCCCCCACCUCCUUCCUCUCCUCCUCUGUCCUCCACCCUGAUUCUCCCCCCUCUAGACUCCUCACCAUCUCCUCCUCCUCUCAUCUCCUCCUUCAACCUGGAAACUCUCUGCUCAGGAGAGCUGGAGCCCAAA